GCAUCACACAAGAGUUUAGGACAGGCAGUGAAGAGGAGUAUUGUGACCAAGUGAAACAUCAGGGGGAGUUCUAGCUCCUGAACAUGUCCCGGAAGGAUCCCUGCCAGAAACAAGCCUGUGAAAUACAGAAAUGCUUGCAAGCAAACAACUACGUGGAGUCCAAGUGUGAAGCUGCGCUGCAGGAGAUGCGGAAAUGCUGCGCUCGCUACCCCAAGGGCAGGUCCAUCUGCUGCUCAGGGUUUGAGAGAGAAGAAAGGGAGAGAGAAAAGGCCAAGGUGACUUCAGAAGGAAUUUCCCCACCACCUCAGUAACACAAUGCAGCUCCAGCAGGCGCUGGAGCAUGGACUCACUUGAAGAGCUCGUGUGUGUUUUUUCAAGCCUUCUUUAGACUUUGAGAAAAGCCAGAUUGCUCCUGGAACACACCGUUCAGCACACCAAAAAGCAUUACACAGUACCAACAUAUGGCCUGGUCAACAGACUUUAUUUUCUGUACGAAAACAUAAUCUAUGUUGCCUCUGCAUCACACCUGUGAAAUGUCAACUUGAUGUUUUUAGGAUGCUUACCUUACUCUAAUCCAUCCUUGCUCUAAAAAUGGAGAAUUGGAACCGAGUUAUUCUGGCUUCUGGAGUGAGAGGUACAGGAAAUGAGCUCAGAAGAGUGAGUUUAAACGUGAAACAAACCCAUCUUGAUACAACAAAGGUAUUGAUUGCUGCCACCAUGCAGUAGUUCCAGACAUUUGCCUGUCCAGUGGUUCAAGCUCAAGAAUGGGCAUCAGGUCUGAUGAUUGUUCCUAAGUCUUGUAUAGAUCAUGAGUGACUACAAGUCACUUUGCCUAAGUGCCUCACUUUUCCACUGGACAGAGUUGUUUAUUUUAUAUUUGAAUUGCCUACACGCUGCUAUUUGCAUGAUAAAGAUGUUACAGGAAUAUAAUUUCAGGGAUUGCUACAGGGAUAGGAUAUUUUUUUAAAAAAGCAAUAUUCAUUUGAAAGAUUUGACUGUUGAUACAAAAUUUAUAAAUUUAUGUCUAAUUGAACACCUUUAAGCAAUAUGCUUUGAAUCCAAGUCUAGUUAAAACUGCUGAUACCCAAAGGCCUGUCACAGAGCCCUGGGCUAGAUCCAAGAACUGACUUAGGUGCUGCUUACUGAACAAGCAGUUGCAGGCAGUUAUUUUCCACACAACAUUCCAGACUCACUCCCAAGCCGGCUGUGUCUGGACCCCAGGAGAGAUGGCUUUCCAGAAGCUCUUGGCCACGCAGCAGAAUUUCCUGUGACCUGUAGGAAGAGCUCAUAGACAGGUUCCUGCACCACCCCUCAGAGCUGCCUGUCUCGCUGUCCCCUCUAGCAGGAGUCCAGGCACCCAAAGAUCAGGCUCCCAGCCCACUGGCCCUAACUCUGUAUUAGAUCUAGCCGUAAAGGACUUUUGUGCUGUGAUCAAGUACAACUUAUGAAAUAGAGCUUCUAUAAACCACUGAGGUCUAGGCACAAUAGUUGUGUGUACUGAAGCCUAGAAGAGCAAACCAUCUGUAUUCACUGCUCUGAAAUACCAUGGUACAAAAUAAACGACUGGAACAACU